AUGGCAUCUUCUUCCAACAAUUUUCACUACCAUUAUGACCCAAAUAAUGAUAGUUUAAACCAAUACUUUCAAGAGCAAUUUAAUAACCAAUUUGAAGCUGUUGAAGAGGAAAUUCCGGUGGAAAGGAAACCACGUGAAUAUAUUGAUAGAAAACGAGAAGAAGGGCAUGAACGUUUGUGGAACGAUUAUUUUUCUGAUAAUCCCACUUUCAAUGCUCACCACUUCCGGCGACGGUUUCGAAUGAACAAGCCGUUGUUCUUGCGUAUUGUGAAUCGUCUCAGUGAAGAAGUUCCAUAUUUUAAGCCAAAAAAGGAUGCAACCUUCCGGAAUGGUCUAUCACCCCUACAACAAUGUACUGCAGCAAUUCGACUUUUAGCUUAUGGGACUGCGACGGACUCGGUUGACGAAUACAUACGUCUUGCUGCUUGUACUGCUCGUAAAUGUUUGGAACAUUUUGUUGUCGGGAUAGUUGACUUGUUUGGCACUGAAUACCUACGCCGACCAACACCAGAGGAUCUUCAAAGGUUACUAUUUUAUGGAGAACAGAGGGGUUUUCCCGGGAUGGUUGGUAGCAUUGACUGUAUGCACUGGCAGUGGAAAAAUUGCCCAACCGCUUGGAAAGGAAUGUAUUCAAGAGGCACCGAUAAGCCAACAAUUGUUUUGGAGGCAGUAGCUUCACAAGAUCUUUGGAUAUGGCACGCAUUUUUUGGAGCUCCAGGUACUUGUAACGAUUUAAAUGUCCUUGAUCAAUCACCAGUAUUUAAUGACAUUAUUUACGGUCGAGCUCCCGAAGUUACGUACUAUGUCAACGGAAAUGAGUAUAAUUUGGCUUACUAUCUGACGGAUGGUAUUUACCCGGAGUGGGCGACAUUUGUUAAAUCCAUCCCACAACCACAACAUCCGAAACAUCGUUUAUUUGCACAAAAACAAGAAGGUGCACGAAAAGAUGUUGAGCGUGCAUUUGGAGUCUUGCAAUCUAGAUUCGCCAUGAUUAAAAAUCCAACUCUUUUAUGGUCAAAGGGUAAAAUUGCAUAUAUAAUGAGAGCAUGUCUUAUGCUGCAUAAUAUGAUUGUCGAAGAUGAACGAGAUUCAUACACACUCUAUGACGAACAAGAAUUCCAACAAGAAGAUGGAACUGGAACUACUCCGGAUCUUACCUUUUCAGUAACUAUGUCUUCAAAUCUUGAAGGUUUAGGUGAUGGCCAUACAUUAAUUCGUGAUAAACAAGCACAUCGCAAAUUAAAGGAGGAUUUGAUUGAGAAUAUUUGGAAACACCCUUACCUUAUCCCCUAUAAACAUGCCCUAAGCUAA